AUGAAGCCUCUGCUUGGGACCCUUUACCUCUUGGGGAUCCUGGUUCCUGAGGUGCUGGGAUAUGAUGGAUCCCUAGCACAACACAGACAAGAGGUUGUGGACGAGACAGUGAGCCAGAGGAGGGGCCUAGACGCCUAUUCCUACACCACAUAUCACCCCAUGGGAGAGAUCUACCAGUGGAUGACAGAGAUAAGUGAGAAGUACUCAGAAGUCGUGACACAGCAUUUCUUGGGAAUGACCUAUGAGACCCGGCCCAUGUAUUAUUUGAAGAUCAGCCAACCAUCCAGCAACCCCAAGAAGAUCAUUUGGAUGGACUGUGGAAUUCAUGCCAGGGAAUGGAUUGCCCCAGCUUUUUGCCAAUGGUUUGUGAAAGAAAUUCUCCAAAACUAUAAAGACAACCCAAGGAUAAAAAAGUUCCUUAGAAACCUGGACUUUUACGUGCUUCCCGUUCUGAACAUAGAUGGUUAUAUCUACACUUGGACAACUGAUCGGUUUUGGAGGAAAUCCCGUUCGUCACACAAUGGUGGCACAUGUUUUGGGACAGAUCUCAAUCGAAAUUUCAAUGUAUCCUGGUGUAGUGUCGGCGCAUCUAAAAACUGCCAAGAUAUAACAUUCUGUGGGACAGGACCAGUAUCGGAACCAGAGACAAAAGCUGUUUCCAGCUUUAUAGAGAGCAAGAAGGAGAACAUCAUGUGCUUCCUGACCAUGCACUCUUAUGGGCAGCUCAUUCUCACUCCGUAUGGCUACACUAAAAAUAAGCCCAGUAACUACGAGGAACUGAUCCAAGUUGGACAGAAGGCAGCAAAUGCAUUGAAAGAAAAGCAUGGAACCAAUUAUAGAGUUGGAUCGAGUGCAGAUAUUUUAUAUGACACAUCAGGGUCUUCAAGAGACUGGGCUCGGGACAUUGGGAUCCCCUUCUCAUUCACGUUUGAGCUGAGGGACAAUGGUACAUAUGGAUUUGUUCUGCCAGAAACUCAGAUUCAGCCCACCUGCGAGGAAAGCAUGGCGGCUGUGCUCUCCAUCCUGGAUGAUGUAUAUGAGAAAUACUGGCAUGCGGACAGUGCUGGAAAGGCGGCAUCUUCCGCUGUGGUGUUGGGCCUGCUGGUCUCCUUCCUGUCUAGUCUCUGA